CUUUCCAAUGUCACAACCUGCGCGCAAAAUCAGGAAGAGACGCAGAGACAGAACUUCGCAAACCUCUCUUACACCUUCAUCAAUGGCGGAUUUCACAGAAUUAUCCUUCCCCAGCACUACUUCAACCUCCUCUUCUCCCUUCUCAAACCCUAGCUCCUCCCCUUUUACCUUCAAUUUCUCCACCUCCUCCGCUUUUGCGCUUCCCUCUGCUGCCUCUGGCGCCGCCUCUGUAUGCUUGGGCACCGUUUCUUCCUCCUCCGUCAUCUGCGGCUCAACUUCCUCAUCCACCGCUACCUCCGUCAAUGGAGGUUCCACUUCCUCCUCUACCACUCUCUCCGUCAUUUGCGGCACCGCUUCUUCCUCCGCUGCUCCCUCCGUCAGCUGCGCCUCCGUUUCUUCCUCCAUCGCUCGCUCCUUCAGCCUCGGUACCACUCCUUCCUCCGCUCCACCCGUCAUCUCCGGCUCUACUUCUUCCCCCAUCGCUCGCUCCUUCAGUUCCGGCUCCACUUCUUCCCCAAUCGCUCGCUCCUUCAGUUUCGGUUCCACUUCUUUCUCCGCUUCCUCCACUCCGUUCAUCCGUUUCGGCUCCUCCACCGCCUCCUCAUCUUGCUCUCUGUCUGUCAGGUUCGGAUCCUCUGCAGCAACUUCCCCCGUCGCAAAUAUCUCCGGAACUACUGCUACGAAUUCUACUGCUAUUACCACCACUUCAAAACCGUAUGCUGCUGGUCUCCAGGCUUCAGCUUCUGCCUCAGCGGCUGUCUCCAGCUCUACAACAACUGCUACACAAACAUAUUCAUCUAUUACUGCAGGCUUGAGUAGUGGGACUUCCGUUUCUUUGGCUGCUCCUUUUGCCUCUCCUGUUACUAACCAUGCUGCCUCUAGUCAACUUGCUGCUACGUCCACUGCCUCAGCAACUUCUACUGGGUUUACUCUGAAUUCAACAGUGCCAGCAGCUUCUUCCUCCACAGGCACUUCCACAACUACUGCUGCUAAAACUGCUGUUGCUGCUACAGCUACAGUCGAGUCACUUCCAUCUCUUAAUCAUACACUGCAUAACUUUGUCAGACGUAGUCUGGCCCCAAGUCGCACUCGGCAUCGUGUUAGGGGACGUGGAAAACAAUCAAAUGUUAGAAGGGGCUCUCACAACAUGCAACGUGUUCCGCAGCAACAAUCACUUCAACAAGUUCUGGAUAAUGAGGCAUAUAAAUUUGGCAACCAAUUUGUGCACCAGCGGUAUGGAAAGAGGCCUCAAGAGGAGGAGGAUGCAACAAUAAAAAUCUCUCAACACCAAUCCUCCACCGUACUCUCUAGCAUUCCAGAGAACAUAAACAGGCGAGUUGGGGAGUGGAUUGAGCCAAAGGAGGUCAUUCUCCCAGCUGACGUCUUCAAGCGGAUCAAUGGUCCUGCUGAAUGCAAGGGGGAGAGAUAUGCCCCUCAAUGGGAUGUCAACCCUAAUGAGUCCCUCGACUAUGACUUUCCAGAACAAGGGGGGACUCUCGGCCACCGGAUGCUAAAAGGAAUGAUCUUGCCUCGUGAUUGUCCAAGCAGAGUCAGCAAAUUGAUUUUUGCCAAUACCUCCCAUCAAUUAGCUCAAUUUUGUGGCAGUUACUUGGAGGUAGCUGAGCUGGGUCUGCACUAUCAGCGUCAUAAUGCUUGGCUUUCUGAUGAGUUGUUAGAUGUAACAAAUAGGCUGAAAGACGCGGAGCAGGAGGCUGCCAGUGCUAAGACUGCCAUAAAUGCUGCAAUUGUUUCUAAGGAGGCUGCUGAGAAACACUUAGCAGAAGCUAAACAGGCUUGGAAUCUUGAGAAGUCUAGCCUCGAAAGCAAUAUCAUCGAUUUGAAGAAGCAACUCCUGGCUAUGAAAGAGGAAAAGGAUGGGGCUGAGAAGGAAGCUCUGAAACUAUAAUCACAAUAGGAUUUCAAUGCUCAAUCCAAUUAACUGUAGUUUUUAGCUAAACUUGUUUGAAGAACAAGGUGUUGCGGAAUUUGACUAGGAUGCUAUUGUGGACUCGCGGUGGCAUUUGACAAUGGUCUAGGAGGGAAAUGCUUCCUCAGGAGUUUGAAGCUGAAGACUAAGUCGACCACAUCACUGUACGUACUGCUCCUCCCCUUGAUUGCUUAUGUUCUCCUUAGUUUUUCGUCCUUUUUGUCUUUGUUUUUGCUUUUGUUCGUUUAAUGCCAGCUCUUCAUUGAUUGUGUAUGUAUAGUACGAGCGAUGUACGGCAGAAUUCCUUUGGACAUGUACAGUGUGUUUGGGAAGUUGGGAACCUACUAACGAGGAUAAUAACUGUGGAAAAAUAAAGCUCUACUUAGUAUAUGGAAUUAUGGAAAAAAAAGGAAACACUAUAAAAGUUCCUCGUGCAAAUUUUUAAUUCUUUCGUUGUUUAAUGAGGAAAGUAUUGGAAAAUAUACAAUAGAAUGUAUAGGUUUCCAUUCACCGGUUUGUUUAACGAGGAAAAAUAUUGAAACAUAAUGUAUAAACAUAUACGAAGUACGAAUAAAAAAAAGAACAA